CAGUUUCAACGUACCUGAAGCCUUUGCCCAGCCAUUGCCCUUACGCUCUACAAUACCGACAAUGGACACUUCCAGCGCUUUUGAACCAGCCGACAUCUUUUCCGCCAAAGGGCUAGUUGUGGCCAUCACCGGCGGAGGAAGUGGGAUUGGCUUAGCCAUGGCAUCGUCGAUACUCCAAACAGGUGCCGCAAAGGUGUAUAUUCUCGGUCGGCGCCUUGACGUCCUCUCCUCCGCUGCUUCUUCCAUUGAUCCCAGCAAAAAAACUGUCGUUCCUUUGCAAUGCGAUGUAACAUCCGUUGAAUCGACCAGAUCUGCAGUACAGCAGAUCGAGCGCGAAGUUGGCUAUUUGGAUGUACUCAUCAACAACGCUGGCCUCAUUGGACCGCCGAAUAAACCAGCCUUGGAGGCACAGAAUGUUGAAGAGCUACAAAAGGUACUGUUAACAGGAUUUGAAGAUGGCUCAUGGGAAAGCACAUUGAAGGUCAACACGGCCAGCAUUGUAGCCGUUAGUGCGUCGUUUCUCCUUCUGUUGGACAAGGGCAACAAGCGACGCGGCUGGCAGAGUGGAAAGAUUGCACCAGAAGAGACAAGAAAGAGAAGCACCGAAGGACUGAAAGACAUAGGAGUCGGCGAGGAUGAUUUGCGGACAAGUCAAAUUAUUACCACCGCCAGUAUUGCAAGCUUUAAUCGCCAAGUAACUGCUGGACUGGCAUACAGUGCUAGCAAGGCGGGAGCAGUUCACAUUGGCAAAAUGCUCGCAACUCUACUGCUGCCUUGGGGAAUCAGGAGCAAUGUUAUUGCGCCCGGAAUCUAUCCCUCCCAAAUGACUGGAGAGUCAGACCAAACUUUCCCCCUCAACCAAGUUCCCGCCGGACGAAAGGGAAACUUCAAUGACAUGGCAGGCGUGACGCUCUAUCUUGUCGGAAAAAGCGGUGCAUAUGUCAAUGGAAAUGUGGUUGUGACUGAUGGAGGUCGUCUCAGCGGCUUUCCUUCGUCCUAUUGAUCAUGCUGAAGUCAAAGCCGACAAUUCAGAAUUAGACAGAUGUCCUCUUUUUAUUGAAUGUCAAAACGACCAACAUGGAAGGUGU